UUUAUUUUUCAAGUAUUUUAUUUCCAUACCGAUUAUAAAUAAACGUAGAAUUAUUAGGUAAUCGCGAUCGUACUAUCGUAAUUUUGAAAUUGAAAUAAUUUAGUAUACCCGCACAUUUUCGACGUAGCAUUGUCCUACAAUUUGCAAUGAUAAUUGUUCGGUAACUUGAUUAAUUCUAUGUCGCUCGCGAUAAGUCUUAAAUAAAUCUACGAGAGUUCUCAUUAAUACCCGCAGGAGAAGUCCCGGAUGAUUUUGAACUAACCACUUGAACGAAUCGUUUCUAAUCAAUGAGUUGUAUAUUAUAACGCGUAUUAUUAAUUUUUGUAUUUCAAUAGAUUGAAAAUUCACUAAUGUUGUGAAAAAAAGAAAUGAAUACAUUUUGAUAUAUUAUACAAGAAAACAGAACGUGAGACGAGAACGUAAUUUAUAAUAGAUAAUAAAUGGCAGUACUUUAUCGUAAAGCACAGGAUAUUAUUUUUAUUCGAAGGGAUUAUAUAGACGUUAUACAUUUUAAAGUUCGUACUUCAUUAAUUCUAACAACUGCUGGCAGUUGCCUUAAAGCGGUACGAGCUUCUUUGAAAAAAGUUAUAUUAGAAAAAACUUCGAUGAUUUCACCUCUGUUUAAUGUCAAAACUCAAAGAAGAAAGCUGAUACUUGUGAGCAGUUUUAAUCCUAGAUAAAAUAAAUAAUCGUUUACUUGGAAAUGUUCGCAGAUAUUAAGUUGUUUUUUUUGCUUUUUAAAAUAACAGCUAUAAAAAAAUUGAUCAUUAAUUUAACAAAAUGAUCUCAAGUCAAUAUUUUUGUAGAUACUCGAUCGUUUUACUUAUUUGUGUAAUUCUGGUACUUGCGUAUGCACAGGAAGAACAAAAUUUGGAGUUAAAAUUAUUGAACGUGGUAUUUAGGCACGGAGAUCGAACGCCUGAUGACAAUAAACUGGAAAGAUAUCCAAAUGAUCCCUAUUUAAAUUAUGACUUCUAUCCGAUGGGCAGAGGACAGUUAACAAAUAAUGGUAUAGUACGAGAAUUUAAAUUAGGAGAAUUUCUUAGAAAAAGAUAUGAUAACUAUCUUGGUAAGAUAUACAUACCAAGUAUAGUCAAAGCUCGUAGUUCGAAUUACAAUAGAACGAAAGCAUCCUUACAACUCGUUCUCGCAGGACUCUUUCCACCUAAAGGUAUUCAAAUAUGGAAUCCUCAACUGGAAUGGCAACCGAUUCCUUUGGAGUACGUUCCAAAAGUCAAUGAUAAUCUUUUUCUUAGUGAUGAGUGUCCUCGAUAUUUGCAAGAAUAUGACAGAGUUUUAGAAUUACCCGAAUAUAAAAAAGAAUUUGCUAAAUUUGAAGACUUAGCUAUAGAACUUACAAAAUCAACUGGAAAAAAUAUUACUACUACUUUAAAUAUGGCCAAUCUGUAUCAUAGUCUAAUGGCAGUAUAUUCUAUGAAUCUUCCUUUACCUGCAUGGACAAAAUCGGUAUUUCCAUAUGGUAGACUUUAUAAUGCCACUCUUUUUGCUUAUAAAACAAGCAAUUAUAAUAAAUUAUUAAGAAAAAUUUAUGGAGGAGCCAUACUUAAAAAAUUUGUAGAGAACAUGAUGGAAUAUGUGAAUGGUACUUUGAAAACGGAGAGGAAUUUGUUUCUAUAUAGUGGUCAUGAAACAAAUAUUGCUAGUUUAUUAUAUACUUUGAAUGCUUAUACACCACAUGUUCCUGCAUAUUCUAGUAGUAUUAUUAUGGAACUUUUGUACAAGGAAGGCAUAUAUUAUGUCAAAGUAUUGCAUUAUUUGGGAAUUCCGCCAGAACUUGAAGUAGUUCAACUUCCAGGUUGUGAGAUCAUAUGUCCAUUAAAUAAAUUUUUACAAUUAAUAAUUAAUGAUAUACCUUCAGACGAAGAUAUGGUUUGUGACAAAACAACAACUGCAGAUUAUGCGGAUCAAAAAUAUAAUUCUAAUAAGAGUACAAAUUUAUACAAUAUCAUAGAGAAUUAUAUAAAUAACAAAAUAUAAUGAUUCUAUAUUAUUUAAACAAAUCUAACAAUAUAUAUACAGUA